AGAUACAUGGCUUACGUCAACGGAAGAUAACAACUCCCACGUACAAAAAAAAUCAGUGAUCAAUUCAGAAUUCUGUUGUUUUUAUAAACACUACAGGAGGCAUAAAUAAAUAAUCACCUAAUAAGGGCAUCUAUUAGACAUUUGGAGCAGUUAUCUAGGUAUCCUGCAAGUGCUAGUUUUGUGAUGUGUCGUAGUGUGUUUUAAUUUUUCCAGAUGUGUGCAGUUGAAAUGGAAGAACUUUUACAAGAUAUAUUUAAAGAAGCUAAUGGACCUAAAUUAAGUUCUUUGAAAAAAGCAUGCCAGGAUGCCUUGGAGGUGCUCUGCAUACAAGAGAGCAGCAGCCGGCGUCCAUCGCACGAGGCGCGGCGCGCGUGCCUGCAGCCGCUGCAGAUCGCGCUCGAGACCAAGCGCGCCAAGCUCGUCGGGUACGCGCUCAAUGGAUUCCAUAAGAUUCUCCGCGACGAUCGGUUCCACCGCGGCAUCGAGCCGGAGGACGACUCGCUGUGGCUGCCGUCGCAGCUGCUGUGCGCCACCGCCUCCGUCAUGCACCACCUCCCCGACACACAGGUCCAGAUCUUCCGCAUGUACCUCUCGAUGGCACUAUCCCCGCGGCGCACGCUCAACGGCCGGCUGUGCGUGUGGGUGUGCGGGCGCUGCGCCGAGGCGGCCGCGAGCGCCGCGCCCGUCGCCGCCGCCGCGCGCGCCGCUGCGGCCAUCACCUGCCGCGCUUAUUGCGCUCAGCUGGAUGAAGAAUGCCAGGAGCUGCUAUCGGAGGGCUCCCCGCUCGGCAAGAAUCACUUGGUGGCGGUGAGCUGCUACAGCGAAAUUAUCCCGGUCAUACAGUACCUGUGCGGAAGACUUUCAGAGACACAGCUGAUACCUAAACAGAAUCCGACAGCACUAUUCUUCCUGGACUGCCUCCUAACGCUGAUGUCGAGUCUGUCAGAGCGGGUCAGCGGCAACCCUCACUUCACCACAUUCUUGUGGCAGAAGUUUUGUCCGUCGCUGAUAUCAUUUUUGGGAACUCCCAGAGUCGACAAGAAUAUUAAAUCAAGGGAACACGAGGGUCACCUGGUUGAUGAUUCUGGACGUGGUUCAGGUGCCCUGGGCAGUGCCCCGAGUUUUGAUAGUCGACAGGCGAAAGCUGUUUAUAGCAUAGCGAACCAGCUAGUCCGUCUAGUAGGCUCGACCGCCACUCUCCGGCCGGUGCUCGAGGCCCUCUACCACCGCAUGUUGCUCUACCCUCCAGUCUCCCACCGCGUGGAGGCGCUGAGGAGCGUCAGGGAACUGCUGCAGAACCCCAAGAGGCUGAAGCAGCUGGUGCUGUUGAGGAGCGGGGAGGGCGGGCAUGAGACGCAUAGUGAUGAUAUGGCGAUUUUGAGACUAAUAAUGGACGGCAUCGAGGAGUGCGGGCGCAGCGGCGACGCUGAGCUGGUAACCGCGGCCGAGGAGUGCGUGGCCUCGCUACUGGACGCCAUCGAGAAGCUGUGCGUGGACUCCAGCGAACAUGUCUCUGCGGAGGUGGCGGCGGUGAUGCUGAAGCAGUGGCCGAAGCUGCAGGACGCGGAUUAUACGGGCCCGCUGACGUACCAGACCAUGGCGAGGUUGCCUAGUCCGUACAGAGAUGUGGUAGCAGUGCUACAAAGUGCAGAGGAUAAGGAUGACUCUUCUGAUACAUCAGGGCCAGAGAAUGUGAGCUCAGGCAGCGAGGCGGAGGCGGACUCUGAUGCAGACAACGUGUUCCUGCCGUCCCGGGGGAAGCCGCCUACCUCGGCCAAUGAUACCGAGAGCGACGACCCCGUCAGAGCUAGGAGUAUUCCGAGGACUCUGAAUCUUGGCAGGUGCAAUAUUACGGAAUGCAACGUCGACUUGGAGCGUCACAACGCAAGACAAUUCGUCAAGACACUUCAAAAUUCCCUGAUACCGAAGCUGCUACUCCUCCGAACUUGCAUUGAGGUGGACGAAGCCAUGCUGGAGUUCGCGUCCAAGUGUUGCCAGCACAACGCGGCGGCGCCCCCGUCCGCGGCGUGCAUCAUGAACGCGGACGGCGUGUACCUCGCCACCUGCCAGGCGCUGCUGCUGGCGCUGCGCCGCGCGCCCCACCGCGACCUUCAUAAAGAGGAGGUCCCAAUGACGGAGGAUCAGUUCGUGGAGGCGGUGCAGGGCAGCGGCGUGCUGGUGUACCUGUCCAGUACCUGGCUGAGAGAGCUCUACCAACAGGUGCUGCAACAUGACCUGCUGCGCGACGCGGCCAAGGAACACCAUGCGCUGGUGCACCUGCUCUCAGACCUGGGCGGGCUGGACCACAGCCCCGUGAUGUCGGACUGGCAGAAGCUGAAGGAAGUGUCCAUGUUGUACAACCACACGGACGAGUCCCCGCAGCACCAGGCGAGCCUACGUUGGGCUAGGAGGAUCCUGACCUGUAUCUGGGACUCGAUGGUGUCGGUGCUGAGCGCGCCGCUGGGCGGGCCGCGCGUGCGCCUGCGCGGGAUGCUGGCCAAGCGAAUACACACCUUCGGCAAGCGACGCAAGGCCGCCUGGGAGGGGCUCACUAUACAGUGCCUUGAGGGAUUGCAUAAAGCAGCCAGAGUGAGCAACACACUGUGUCUGCAAAGUCGCUGCAGCCACAUCCUGGCGCUGCUGGCCAACUCUGCCAUCUCUCAGCCGCCGAACGGGAAGAUUCUGGCCACGCACGCACUGUCUUUGGAUAUCUUGAUUACGGGUGGUCUAGAACUCGGCUCGAAAGCGCCAGAAUGCUGGGACCACAUAUUCGCCGCAUGCCAAUACGUGUCCAGUCUGGAGCACGCAUUGUUCGGACAGCAAGGCAACAACGCCACUCCCAUAGUCACCAUGCAGACUGCACGGAACAAGACUGUGUCGAUGCUGCAAGCUGACGCUAAAGUUGGACUUGAUGGGAAGGAAGAUGAGACUUGCGUGGACGUAUUCAACUUCCUUCAGCCAGCUUUCGGGAAUAACAUGAACAGUGAGAUGUCCGUCUCAAAAAUCGUCGAAGACUGUCGUCGAGAGGGUGGCAACGUGAUCACGGGCCCGGGCGCGGCCAGGGUAUGUUGCGCGUUGUCCUCGCGAGCUGAUCUCCUGUUCACGCGCCUCGCCGCCACCACCACGCUGCCGACGCUACACGCGGCGCUGCAGCGGCUCAUUGCACACCAACGACGACUGUUGUUCAGCUCGGAGGAGGGCGGCGCGUGGUGGCGGCGGCGGCGCGGCGGCGGCGGCGGCGCGCGCGCGCUGUGCCGGCUGGGCGACGUGGCGCUGCGCUGUCUGCGCGCGCACCGCCCGGUCGCGCACACCAUGCAUGUUUGGACGCUGUUGGCGCCGCACUUUAUGCAGGCGGCGUGCCACAAGGACAUUCAGAUAUCCUCGCUCGGCAUCCAGUGCCUGCACGACUGCGCCACCACGUUGCUCAACCAGCAGGCGGAACUGCCGCACUUCCACUUCAACGAGGCCUUGCUGAAGCCCUUCGAGAACCUUCUGUGCUUGGAGCUUUGUGACGACGAUAUUCAGGAACAAAUAAUAUCAUGCAUUUGCGAGUUCGUAGAAACGAAUCGCAUGGAGAUCAGAUCCGGCUGGCGGCCACUCUUCAACACACUGCGCGCCGCUCACAACUCCAACCAUUACUCCGCCAUAUUAGAGAUCUUCAAGGUCUUCCUCAGCACAGAUAACACGCUGGUCUUCGCCAACGCAGCACUAGACUGCAUCCUGUGCCUCCUCAGUCAUAUCAAAGGUCUUCACUACGAAGAAAUACCCAUGCCAGAACCGAAACCCAAAAAAGCCACACCUCAGUUCAAACCUAGCCUCAAUCUGAAGUUCUCCAAAAACAGCAAGUUCAUACCAUUACAUGAGGAGAAGACGGAAAAAGUGAUUGUAGAUAUGUGCAAGGAAGCGUUAUAUCAUCUAGAAAGCUGCGCCGAUAUUCUCACAAUGAUGUACAAUAUGCCAAAGUGUCCGAUUUUCAACACAGGUAAUAGAAUUAAAGGUGACAUGCCGCUAUCAGUGGUCGACCCUCUCAUACCAAGCAAUGCUUUGGACAUCACUAAAUUCAUAACAAACGAAAACUAUGAAGAGGAGUUUAUUACGUACAGAAAAUUAUCGACUACUUUACCGCCAUCUAACACCACAAAUAAUUGCUUACUGAAACUGGAUAAACCCAGCAAUAUACUGAAAGUGUGGUACGUGCUGAUUGAAGGCCUUAUAUCAGCCACUGUGGUUUGUUCCAAAAAGAAUCAACCAGCCGCAAUGGAAACUUUAUUCAAGUUGCUCAAAAAUACAAUAGAAGUACCGGGAACACACUUUGGUCUGCACUGUAUUAAUCACCUUCUAUUGCCGAUGGUGCAAAAUUGGCUCCGUCAAAUAUCCAACAUGAAUGCGAGCCUGGACAACGUGCUGCCAAACUUCAAGCAAUGCUGCGGCAUGACCACUGAUACAAUAGUGGUCUACUUGCAUCAUUUACAACAGAUUAAUGUGGAACGGUCGACAGACGAAAAUGCAGAUGAGGAUAUCGAACCUAUAGAAAGCGUCGAAGCGACGUUUGCUUUGAAACAAAUCCUAUUGAUACUAGUUGAAUGUAUAGCGCAACCCCAGGAGCCUAUCGCCAGACUUGGAGCUUCCUGCAUCAGGCACAUAAUACUCACGUCAGGACAUUUGCUGACAGAAAAGCAAUGGGAAGUGGUAUGCAUUAGUCUGCACAGAGCGUGUAACGUUAGCCUGACGCCGCUGAAGCAAAUCACUUUUGCUUUUAAGGAGAACUCGAAUAGUUUCUACGGCGACCUCGCCAUGGUGAAGGUAGCGGCUCGUAGAGACUGCUCCGUAAAUGACAACGUGCGCCUGCACGCCAUGGCCCAGCAAGUCUUCCUUCACGACCAUCUCAGAACAGAAAGCCAUCCAAAAUUGACACCGAAAAAUUCCUCCCAAAAUCUUAUGCUCAUAGACGAUAGAAGCUACAUAUUCCUCAUAUACCUCCAAGAGUCAGUCAACGCGUUAAAUCCAGAGCUUUACACGAGCCGAAUACCCCACAGAGGGUUGGUGGUUGGCCUGCUUGCACAUCAAAUAUUGGUUCAAAUCAUUGCCACUGUACUUAUCCAGUCCUCUUCAGACGUCUUCCAUGGCAUUAAUAGCAUAUUGCUAGAUAGCUACAAGACUGGGACAAAUAUUUGCAAUUAUAAAUUCUAUUUGAGCACAGAAAACACGAAUUUGUUGUUAAAGAGUUUGGAGCUUUCCUACAUGAGGGCCAUGCAAUUUGAUUGCAGACCGGGUUUGAAAUUCUUGGUUCAGAAAGUUUCCAAUCUAGACUACGCAGCUAAUCUCUACAAACAGACAUCGUCGUCAUGGUUAAUUAAGAUGAUUGCCCUUACGGAGAUAUUCUUCAGUGGUGUCUACACAUUCAAGUUAAAAUCUACUGACGUUUCAAUAAUCAUUCGCAGCUACACUGCAUCUCUGAAUCUCACACUGGAAUACGACAGAUUCGUUAUGAAGAUUUUCGAUCUGAAAGAAACUUGGGAACUUUUAUGUAACAGCUACAUGAAGCAUCUCAUCGACGUAACAGAUUUUGACGACCCUGAUAUUGUCAAAGACAGAUCAUCGUGUAGUUCAGAGGAAAGCAACUCCUCGAACCAAUAUGACGAAUAUUUUGCGCGUGCGGCCGAUGAAACAACAAUAGAAAUUCACACAAAUAACAACGACCAAUGUAAUGAAAGCCCCACUAAAGAACAAAUUGAUCCACCAAGACCAUUUACGUUUGCAGACUUUAAACAUCACAGUAAAACUACAGCUUCUUCAAACAGUUUAACCGAUACAAAUGAUAAUGAUAUAAAUGAGCAGAAGGAAGAGACAAAUUCUUUGCAAUGUAACAACGAUAAUGCAGCGACAGAGACUGAUAAUUUUGUUGUUGAAAGUAAUGACACCACUCUUGAUAAUGAAGGAAAUGAAAUUAAAUCAGAAGACGUACCUUCUAGUCCAAUUGUGAUUAAGAAUGUGAGCAUAUCGGAUGAUGUAGAGAGCACAGUGAAGAGCCGUAAAGUGAAUAUUACAAUAUGCGACGGACCAACGCUUGAGAACAAGAACAUUGAACCGUUGAUACCGCCGCAGCCGGUUCCACCUGAGAUCGAACAACAACGAGCUUUGAGUAUUAGUAAGGACACGGAGGUGCAGAGGCAGUGCUUCCAGAACAUUCUGACGGCGUACCUGGAGCUGGUGCUGAGUUUCCCGGCGGAGAGGUCGGCGGCGAUCACCCCCGUGCUACACGCCGGGUUCACACAACUAUCUAGAACCGUUACUGACCCGCAAUUCCUCGACAGAAUCAAUAUAUUUUUCGACAAACACGACUUUUCUUAACCGAAUUCUAAUGCUAAGUGAUCAAUUAUUUAUUGUGAUAAAAGUAAAUAUUCACACUAUAUUGUAAUGUAUAUUCCUCUUGUUCAGUGUUAUAAUUAAAAUAUACCUACGUAUUGAAAUAUU